CGUCCCGGUGAAGACGUACAGCGGGCGAUUUUCACGGGAGAAGCUCCUGCUCCAAAAGCAACCCAAAUCCGGGGUUGAGCGCACCACCUUUGGCCUCUAGAUGUCGAACACCACUUCUCGCCAUUCUUCGCCAGGCAAUCGCCUGGCGAGUGCAGAAGUCGCGAAACUGAAGGAAUAUUCCCCGACGCGACGGCGCCCGCAAACGCCACGGCAGCUCACAGAAAUGCUGCCUUGGUGCAACCCCAACUGGCGAGCCGCCUCAGCUACUGAUGGAUACCACGUCCGCUCAUUCGUGUUCAAAUGCUCCGCCCACACUGGCUUCGAAAGCGCCGCCCCACUACUUCUUCGAGCACUUCUGGCAUAAGAAUGCUUUACAUUUUGCGAGCACGUCACGAACUCUAAAUUGUCAACGUGGUUGUUUGCUCUGUCGCCAUCCUUAUGAUUGACCUGCACUUGGUCGUCGUCCACAGGGGGCCCGAGGAAAGCGGCUGCGACAAGUCUGUGCACGAAGAAAGUGCACUUCGAUCCGUCAACUCGUGCUUGCACUCUUCUGUAGCCAUAAUUAUCAGCAGCCCCCCUCCCAAUAGGAACCUUAGCAGAUGAAAUCCGACCACAAGAACUUACCAUCAAUGAGGCAAGUGAUGCGUACGUUGUGGGGUGAACAGCUGUUCUCCACUUUUCGCCGGGAAGAUCAGGUUCAGAAUGAGAUGUGCGAGAUUCAACGCAUUUGAUCUCAAAACCGUGGAUGUGUAUUGGCCUGCUCUGGCAGGCUACACGAACCCGCGCUACAUCUACAUUCAGUUGGCGCGCAACUUCGGCCAUCGAGGGAUAGAGCGACCAUUCAAUCGAUCCCCGAGCUCGAACAAGCAACGGCUUCGAUGUUGCGAGCAUGCGGCACUGGCUUCGACAACGCUUGUGAAACUCACGCAUGCACUCAGGCAGGGUCAUGUACUGCAAAUUGCUGACCUUGUUAUUGGUUUUGUCCCCGUCUUUGUGGGCGACAUUACAAUGACUUGGCGAAGGAGGGUGCCCGAGAAAAGCACGUGCGACAAGACGAUGAACCCGCCAACUGCGACCGCUGAGCCGGACCGUGUACAAUCCAGCUGCGUUGAGAUGACCACAACUAAUUGUUCCUCGUGUGUCCUCGAUGCGGCCCAAUGAGCUCACCAUGGGCACAAUCCGGCUUUGCGUUGCGAAGACUCGGCUCGAUGGGGAUGGCGAAACACUUCGCGCUACAGCAGUGGGUAGAAACACAGGAGUACGCUUACUGAUCCCAAGCACGUGAGCACAACCAACAGAAUUACAGAGAAGCGUCAUGAUUAUGCAUCCCGAAUCCUGCCGCGACAUCUCGAGCCAAAACCGCAACUUGGAGCAACUAUCGAGAAGGCCAUGGCCCGAGCAGGAACAACACGAUCGGGAUGCGGUUAGACCUGCCGCUUUUC